AUGGAUGAAGAAAAAAGUUUGAAGGAACUUAAGGAUAGGAGACGUAAAGUGGCAAGAAAUUUCCGUCUGAAAAAUUUGAAGAAAAUUGCAGAUAAGAAUAAGGCUCUUCAUAAGAUUGCGAAAAAAAAUACGUUACAAGCUAUUAUUUUCUCUAUUGUUAGCAUUUUAUUUGGGUCUAUUUUUAUUUUCUUGGUUGGAACUAGCAUCACAAAAAUUGUAGAAAACGCUGUAGUCGGAGUAGCUUCUUUGAUGUCUUUAUUUUCGAAUUUACGAUCUUUUAUGACUCCAUCGACGGAUGAUAAUAGUAUUGACAUUAAAUUUUCAGAAGUGUGCGAUGAAAGUGUGGAACUUUCUUUGAAAAUUAUUGAUGAGGAUGACAUUCGAAAUACUGAAAAUACAAUUGAAACUUGGAAUUUUUGGUUACUAGCGAUGAAGUCAUUUUAUACUGGGUUUACUAUUUUUAGCUCAUUACUAUUCAUUGUUUUUAUUAUACUUGACUUGACUUCACUACAAGAAAAAAAUGCGGUUCCAAUAAACAUGGCGAUUAUUAUUUUUGGAGUGGUCUCUUUUAUUUUCACUUGUUUAAUUCAUUAUUCGCUAAAGAUUUUCACUCUUACAAGUGAAGGGGGAAAGGAUGUAGAACGACUUUUAAGUGGUAUUAAAAUUCACAUUAAAAGAAAUACCGCCCGUGAUUUGGAAAAACUAAAAGAUCACUACAUAAAAGCUGUUUAUAAAUCUGAAUUAGAAAUAUUGUCGAAUAAAUUUCCGUCGAAUGAUUUGAUAAAAUUUCUUCUUAAAUUGUCGGGAAUAUGGAAAUUUAUUAGAUCGUUGAAAAUAUCGCCGAAUAAAUUGAUAAAAUGUAUUCUUAGAUUGCCGAAAAUAUUGUUGAAAAUAAAAUUUAUUCGUGAAUUGUCGGAAAUAUUAAAAUUUAGAUCAGACUCAUCAGAGCAUUCGACUGAUUUGACUGAGCGUCUAACUGCUGGGCGUCUAACUGGUUUGAAAGACGCAGGGAACGAGGUUCCAAAGCCUGUCUCUGGGAAAGAUAUUGCUUCGUGGAUAUGGAAAUUAUUUAGUGCGAUGGAAGGACUUGAUUUUAUAUUACAAAAAGAUACUAACUCACAAUCAGAAUUGAAUAUGAAAAAACUUAGGAAGACAUUGUCAUUGAAAGAGCUUGUCGAAAUUAUUUUGGUAGAUCAAGAAUAUCCUUGUAAAUCAGAAUCAACUAAGUUGUCUGUUGAUUACCAUAUACUUAGGGAACUUUAUGGGGCAUCAAAGGGAUUGCUAAAUAUAAUAAAAAAUGAAAACGAGGAAAAAAAAGAAAGUGGUGAAAUAGAAGAAGAAAUAGAAGAAGAAUUUUCUAAGAUAUCUAAGAAGUUGGAAGUAAUUAACCAAAUAAUAGAGAAAAGUAAGACAAAGACAUUGCUUAAAGAAUUUACUGAAAUUACUCAUUUUAAUGGUAAAUUAUUUGAGGAACUUGGUGUAAUAAAAGUCAAAUUGAAAUAUAUUAACCGGCGGGCAGAAUACUUAAAUAAUCUCACGGAUCCAGCAAGUGCUGAUGUUGAUGAAUUACGCAAAGAGAUACCUAAAAUAUUAAAAAUUAAGGAUUUGGAAAAACAUGAAUAUUAUAAGAAAUGGAAUGAAAUACAGAUGUCGAAGCAAAAGAAUACAAACCAUCUGGAAAAGAUUACAAAUCUGCCGUUGAGACUUUAUAAGAUAAAAAAAGAAUUAUCCAGGACACCUAAAAUAUUAAAAGAGAUUGAUCAAAAGAUAGAAACUCCCAUCUUGGAUAUGGGGUAUGCAAAAAUAGUUCAUGGUCAUUCUGAUGAUAAACUUGGUGAAAUAGAAAAAAAAUUAUUUGAGAUGUAUGACAAUAUAAGACAAGAUUUGAUGAAUAAUGAUGAUGAUGAUAUGGAUAUGGAUGGCGGGAAGAUUGAUAAGGUAGAAAAAAAAUUAUCUAAAUUUAUUGAGAAAUUUUCGCAAAAAUCUAAUGAGGAAUCUUCGGCGGAAAAAUUUUCAAAAACUUUUAUUGAGAAAAUUUCAAAAAAUUUUAUUGAGAAAAUGUCAGAAAAUUUUAUUGAGGAAUUUUCAGAAAAUCUUAUUGAGGAAUUUUCAGAAAAUUUUAUUGAGAAAUUUUCAAUAAAUUUUAUUAAGAAAUUAAAAUCUAUUGUGGAAUAUGAAUAUAUUAAGAAAUUUUCAGAAAAAUUUGAACUUUCAGCAAAACUUUCAGAAUUUAAAUCUAUUGAGGAAUUUAAAAAAUCUAUUGAGGAAUUUAAAUCUAUUGAGGAAUUUAAAUUUAUUAAGGAAUUUUCGGAAAAAUUUAUUGUUAAAAAAUCUGAGGAAUUUUCGAAAAAAUCUAUUGAAUUUAAAUCUAUUAAGGAAUUUUCAAAAAAAUUUAUUGAGGAAUUUAAAUUUAUUGAGGAAUUUAAAUCUAUUAAGGAAUUUAAAUCUAUUGAGAAAUUUAAAUCUAUUGAUAUUUCGAAAAAUUCUAUCGAGGAUUUUUCGAAAAAAUUUAUUGGGGAAUUUAAAUCUAUUGAGGAAUUUAAAUCUAUUGAUAUUUCGAAAAAAUCUAUUGAGGAAUUUUCGAAAAAAUUUAUUGAGGAAUUUUCGAAAAAAUUUAUUGAGAAAUUUUUGAAAAAAUUUAUUGAGGAAAUUAAAUCUAUUGAGAAAUUUUCGAAAAAAUCUAUUGAGGAAUUUUCGAAAAAAUUUAUUGAGGAAUUUAAAUCUAUUGAGAAAAUUUCGGAAAAACUUAUUAAGGAAUUUAUAUUUAUUGAGAAAUUUAAAUCUACUGAGGAAUUUAAAACUACUAAGGAAUUUUCGGAAGAAUUUAUUGAGGAAUUUUCGAAAAAAUUUAAUUCUAUUGAGGAAUUUUCGAAAGAAUUUAUUGAGAAACUUUCGAAAAAAUCUAUUGAGGAAUUUUCGAAAGAAUUUAAUGAGGAAUUUUCGAAAAAAUUUAAAUCUAUUGAGAAAUUUUCGAAAGAUUUUAUUAAGGAAUUUUCGAAUAAACUUAUUGAGAAAGUUUCGAAAAAAUUUAUUGAGGAACUUUCGAAAGAACUUAUUGAGAAAAAACUUAUUGAGAAUUUUUCGGGAAAAUUUAAUAUUGAACUCACGAAAAAUUCCGGUAAGAUAGAAACAUUAUAUGAGAUAAUUGAUAAGCUUAAAAAGGAAGCAAGUGAAAAAUUAAAAAAAUCAAAAGAAUCAAAAGAAUCAAAAGAAUCAAAAGAAUCAAAAGAAUCAAAAGGAUCAAAAGGAUCAAAAGAAUCAAAAGAAUCAAAAAAAUUAUUAAAAUUUUUAGAAAGAUUAUCAAAUGAAUUACAUCAAAUAUCGAUAAAAUUAAUAUUGAAAGAACUCUUAAAAUUAAGAAAAGAAGAAAAUAAAAAUUAUACAAAAUUGCAUAAAGGGUUGAUUAAAUUAGAUUAUGCCUCAAAAUUCAAAGAUUUACAUAAGUUGUUUAAAGAAAUCAACAAGAAAACAUUUAAAUCCAUUAAAAAAAAUUAUUCUGCUCAUCUGGCUGAUGAUAAAUAUUUUUUUAAACAUUUAUAUUAUGAAAUCCUUGAUUCAAUCGAAGAAGUCGAACGUCAUACAAAACUUAAACCUAUAAGUUCUUAUAUUGAUUUUGGAAAACAUUAUGGAACUUACUUGUUUCAUCAUUUCAUUCCUGAUGGAAAAAAACGCUGGCCAUACAAAGUAGCUAAUAAGAAACUUAUUCGUUGUUAUUACCGUCUCGGGGAAUUGCUAUUUAGCGAUAAUAAUGGAGAAAAUGCUCCGGAAAAAGUUACUGAUCUUCAACAUCGAAAAGCGGAAAAUAUUUAUGAUCUAUAUAAUAAAAUGCUGUUAAUAUCCAAUGUCAACAACAAUGUCAACAACAAUGUCUACAAUAAAAAUCCAUUAGAUAUGAUUGAGGGGAUUAAAUCUAAGUACGCCGCUGCUAUAUUUGCAUUAAGUAAUGAUGAUGUUAAAUAUUUGAUUGGUGAAAUUAGAUCUUAUAUACACAAAUCCGAAGAUCAUAUACACGAAGCUUUUAUCAUUAGUUUUUUAAGCUCAAUACUAAUUGUAGAGUAUAUGUAA